AGAAGAAGAAAAAAUGGAGACAUAAAAAGAGUGCGAAAAGAUCGCGGAUGGUGUUUUAACGUGAAAUUGUGUGUAAUAUCUGUGCAUAGAAUUGUUCAUUUUUAGAGAAUUUUGCAGAAGAACAUCCAAGUAAUCGAAUAGUGCUAAAAGAUCGUGAGACAGAGGUAGCAGUGUCACCCAAUUUUAAGUAGACGUCUCGUGUGAAAUUUCCAGUGUUUUAAGGAGACGAAAUGGAAGAGGACACAGAAUUCAAGAAGUUGCCCGUGGAUGAGCGAUGUGUCCAUAAAUUGUGGAAGGCUCGUGUUGAUGGAUAUGAGGAGGCUGCAAAUAUCUUUCGGGAGAUUGAUGAUGAAAAAUCACCAGAAUGGAACAAAUUUUUGGGGUUGGUGAAGAAAUUUGUUGUGGACAGCAAUGUUAUGGCUCAGGAGAAGGGAUUGGAGGCGACAUUGGUGUUUGUGGAAAACUGCGGAUUUGCCGGCAAGACAGUUGGAGAGGUGAUGUCGGGAAUUGUAUCAAAAUGUAUUGGAGCUACAAAAGCAAAAACAAAAGAUCUAGCAGUUCAGAUAUCACUGAUGUACAUUGAGAUUGAAAAACAUGAGAUUGUUAUGGAGGAAUUGAUAAAGGGUAUGGAGAAUAAAAAUCCUAAAAUUGGUGCAGCAUGUAUUGCAGCUACAACACUAGCUCUGCGUGAAUUUGGUUCAAAGGUGAUUGCUGUGAAGCCGAUUGUGAAGAAAAUAGCCACAUUGUUGAGUGAUCGGGAUAAAAAUGUGCGAGAUGAGGCAAAAUCACUGACAAUUGAGAUUUAUCGAUGGAUUGGGGCAGCACUCAAGACCCAAUUGACUUCCGUGGCGGAUGUUCUGAUGAAAGAACUCGAUGCGGAAUUUGACAAAGUUAAGAAUGAAAAGGCAGAACCGACGAGAUAUUUACGGUCACAGCAGGAGAGAGCAGCUGCUGUUGCAGCAGCAGCAGCCGCCCACGAUGACGGUGAUGAUGGUGAGGAAGGUGAUGAUGGAAAUGUCACGGGUGAAAUUGAUCCGCUGGAUUUGGUGGAUCCUGUUGAUAUUUUGUCAAAAAUCCCAAAGGAUUUCUACGAUAAGCUGGAGUCAAAGAAGUGGCAAGAGCGAAAAGAGGCACUUGAAGCUAUUGAGCCACUUGUGCAGAAUCCCAAAUUGGAAUCAGGGGACUAUGGUGAAUUGAUAAAGGCACUGAAAAAAGUUCUCACCAAAGACACCAAUGUUGUCCUUGUGGCGAUGUCAGGAAAAAUUCUAACAGGCAUUGCUAAAGGUUUGGGUAAGAAAUUUUCACCCUAUGCCCUUGUUUGUAUUGCGGCAAUUUUGGAGAAGUUCAAGGAGAAGAAAACAAAUGUCGUAACAGCCCUAAGAGAUGCCAUUGAUGCAAUUUAUCCAUCGACAAAUCUUGAGGCCCUUCAGGAGGACAUUCUGGAGGCAUUGAAUAAUAAAAAUCCAAGUGUAAAGUCUGAAACAGCAUCAUUUCUCGCCCGAGCCUUCACCAAGACCGUUCCGACGAUUUUGAACAAGAAACUUCUUAAAGCGUACCUAACAGCUCUGCUGAAGACACUCAAUGAACCUGAUCCAGUGGUGAGAGAUUGUUCUGCCGAAGCCAUUGGCACAGCAAUGAAGCUGGUGGGUGAAAAAAAUAUAUCGCCAUUUCUAACUGAUGUGGAUGCCUUAAAACUCAAUAAGAUAAAGGAAUGCUGUGAGAAAGCAGUGAUUGUGAUAAAGAUAAGUAGUCCGAAGAAGGAGAGACCAGCUACAGCACCUCACAAGUCUGCUGGUGUGACAAAGGGUGGCUCCACUGAACCCAAACCCGUUACACGUCCAGCCACAGCGGGCGGUAAAAAGCCCAUGGUGAAGAAGACUGGUACUGGUUUGGCAAAAUCAAGCAGUACGGCCAAAGUGCCAGGAAAAGUGAUGUUGCCUAGUGAACGGGAUUUGUCUCCGGAAGAAAUUGAUGAGAAAGCGUCAGAACUUCUGCCGCCUGAUGUGAUUUCAGGCUUGGCAGAUAGUAACUGGAAGGGUCGAUUUGGUGCUGUGGAAUCCCUAAUGGGAAUUGUCAGUGACAUUGAUCCCAAGAGUGGAGUAUCUCAAGUCCUUGUUAGGAUUGUUCUGAAGAAACCUGGCCUCAAAGAUACCCACUUUCAAGUUCUCAAGUACCGAUUGGAUAUCAUAAAAGUUAUUGCCGAAAGGAUGCCUAUAACAGUGACCACAUGUGACUAUGCCAUGAGUGACAUUGCAGAAAAAUUGGGCGAUACGAAGAAUAAUGCAUCAGCAUCUGCAGCCCUAACGGCUAUUGCUGAAGCCAUAACACUCGAAUAUGUAGUGUCAAAAGUUAUGUCAUUUGCUUUUGAGCAGAAAUCCCCAAAAGUCCAACAAGAAGCUCUACUUUGGGUCAAUCAGGCUCUCCGAGAGUUUGGCUUACAGAUCAACCCUAAGUUACUUCUGGAGGACGCUCGAAAGGCCGUUCAGAGUAUUAAUCCGGCAGUAAGAGGUGCUGGAAUUACUCUGCUUGGGACAAUGUAUCUCUUCAUGGGACAGUCUCUUGCGAUGGUAUUUGAUGGGGAAAAGCCAGCGUUGAAGCAGCAAAUCUUCGCAGAAUUCGAGAAGAAUAGCGAUCAGAAGCCACCAGUUCCGAUACGUGGAGUUAAGAAGAGCUCCAGUAAAGGAUCCCUUUCCGACAAUGAAGACGAUGGCGAUGAUAACCAGGAAGCGACUGUAACAUCGACAGCUGACCUCCUGCCACGUAUUGACAUCUCGCCACAAAUCACUGAGGCACUCUUGGGGGAGAUAUCCGAUAAAAACUGGAAGACACGCAAUGAGGGCCUUAUUAAACUACAGGGAAUAAUUACUGAUGCUAAAUUGAUUAAGCCAUCAAUUGGGGAUUUGCCACAGGCUUUGGCGCAUAGAAUUGUCGACAGCAAUGCAAAAAUUGCUCAAAUGGCCGUGGCCAUUUGUGAGCAAUUAGCCACGGCCAUUGGUCCAGCCUGCAAACAACACAUUCGUGUGCUAUUUCCGGGUUUUCUGCAUGGUCUUGGGGAUAUGAAGUCCUUCCUGCGAAAUGCCUGCCUGGCUUGUAUUAAUACAUGGGGUGAGAUUUGUGGUUUCAAGGAGUUUUUCGAUGGUGAAAUGAUUGCUGAAGCUCUGAAAUCGGGUGGACCGGGUCUAAAGACUGAAUUGUGGGGAUGGCUUGCGGAAAAAUUGCCGGAUUUACCGGUAAAAUCAAUUCCCAAGGAUGAACUUGUGGCAUGUCUGCCACAUUUAUAUGCCAGUAUUUGCGAUAGGAAUGCUGAAGUGAGAAAGAAUGCCAAUGAUGCUGUUCUGGGUAUAAUGAUUCAUGUGGGAUAUGAUCCAAUGAUUAAGGCACUUGAUAAGCAGAAACCAGCAUCGAAGAAGGAUAUUCAGGCGGCUUUGGAUAAAGCUAGACCGAAUUUGCCGGUGAAACCCUUGCCAAAAGGUAAGCAACAGGCGCCAAUUGCUGAAGAACCGGUGAAAAGUGUUCGGGGUGGUGGACAGAAAAUUGGAAAACCUGCAGCUGGGGCAAAUGCAAAGGCACCAGCUGCAGUAUCAUCGAGAAAGAAGGAUGAAGAUGUCGAUACUUCGCCACUUUUGGCCAUCAAUGGCACAAAACAUCAAAGAGUGAUAGAUGAGCAAAAGUUGCGAGUGUUGAAGUGGACAUUCACGCAACCACGUGAAGAAUUCACUGAAUUACUUCGGGAUCAGAUGACAACAGCUAAUGUCAAUAAGAAUUUAAUGGCAAAUAUGUUUCAUGAUGAUUUUCGGUACCAUCUCAAAGUGAUUGAUUCACUCAUUGAGGAUUUGCCACAGAAUGACAAGGCGCUCAUAUGCAAUCUUGAUUUGAUACUCAAAUGGAUUUCAUUGAGAUUCUACGAUACGAAUCCUUCGGUAUUGCUGAAAGCACUGGAAUAUCUAAAUUCAGUGUUUCAGAUGUUAAUUGACAAUGAGUACAUGAUGGGAGAGAGUGAGGGAAGUUGCUUCAUUCCUCAUCUUUUGAUUAAAAUUGGCGAUCCCAAGGAUGCCGUGAGAAAUGGUGUGAGAACUCUUUUGAGACAAAUUUGCCUUGUAUAUCCUUUCUCGAAACUCUCAAUGUACAUCAUGGAGGGCCUAAAAUCAAAGAAUGCCCGUCAGAGAACUGAGUGUCUCGAUGAAUUGGGCUACAUGAUUGAGACACACGGAUUGGCGGUGUGUCAACCAACACCUCAGUCAGCUCUCAAAGAAAUUGCCAGGCAUAUUUCCGAUAGAGACAAUUCUGUACGGAAUGCCGCUCUCAAUUGCAUUGUUCAGGCAUAUUUUCUGGCUGGUGAUAAAGUAUACAAAAUGAUUGGUCAGAUUUCCGACAAGGACUCUUCCAUGCUCGAUGAACGAAUCAAACGAAUGAAGAAAACCAGAGCGAUGAAGCCAGUGGAAAGUGCUAUUGGAAAACCUGCAAUGCAGCAAAUUCAGCAUCAAGAGAUUGUUGAGCCUCAAGAGUUGCCUUGUGAAGAAGAAUUGCCGCCUGAAGAUGAAGUACCACAACCUGCUGUUAGCAGAAAUUUGAUUUCCGGAGAGAAUUCUCAAGGAGCUUUCAAGUCUAAGCAUCUCGUAGAUGCGGAUUCAACUAGUCCACAACUAGAGAAGUUCAUGACCUUUGAAUCUCAACCGUCAAAGCCAUCGGGUCCAUUCCGUUUGGAUCCCGAUGUGAUUGCUGAUAUUGAAAAAGACUGGGUGAAAGUGGAUCAGAUGCCAGUGAGGGAAGCAGCAAAAAUUGAUGUUGGUUUCCUAGAGUCACCCCUGAAGAUUGUCACGAGGGAUGGUGUUGGGUAUCCCAUGGAGAAAUUACAGAGACUUAUGGCAAAUUCACAAAGUGUAACUGCUACGGGUGUUUACAGUAAUUAUACCAUGAGUCCACCACAGUCUCAGCCAAUAUCACGUGUAGGGAGUACUUUUAGUCCCCAACGAAGUCAACCGGCACCAGUUGUGUCCAAUUUGGCAGAUACACUGCCCAAAUUGGAUCCCAGUCUAGUCAAAAUAAUCCGAGCUGUUGGAUCAUCGGAUUCACUGACGGCCAGGGCGGCAAUUAAUGAAUUGAGUGACAUCAUUGCAAAUCCUGAACAACAGGCUGUACUGCGAGAUUAUGAGGAAUUGUACAUUCAGAGUAUUCUCAAACAAUUCCAGAAUCUGUCACAAUUGCCAAUAGCUGAGUCUAUUAUAAUGAUUCAGCCACUUCUGUCUAGUAUGUAUUCCUUUUUCAAUUCCAAGCAAUUGGGAAAGAAUUUGAGUGUGGUGACAGUGAAGAAUCUGAUGUCAAUGCUACUGGGAUUGAUGACAGAUCAGAAAUUGGCUAGUGGUGGCGAUGGGAAUUAUAUGAAAGUACUCAAUGGCAUUUGUCUGAAGAUACUCGACAGGACAAAUUUCACCAAUCAAAAUUGUGCCCUCAUUCGAUUGCUGAAGGAAACGUGCUCCAGCACGGGUUUGCCCAAAUUCACAGAUUUACUGAUGAAGUGCAUAUGGCGCAAUGUAAAAGUUAUACCGGAACGAUCAAGUGAAUUGGAUUAUGAUGCUGUAUUGCUGGAAGUACAUGAAUUUAUGGUGGCUCUACCGAGUGCAUGGUGGCAUCAACGUCCAUCGGAUACACCCCUGAGAACUAUCAAGACUAUCAUUCACAAUAUGGCAAAGGUGAAGGGAAAUGCCAUUUUGCAGCAUCUCAACAAAAUACCAUCCCAUUCUGAACUCUAUGCCUAUCUCAUUCGAAUACUCAAGAAAGACGGUGGUUCGAGUGGAAAUCCAACGAAUGGAAAUUCAAAUGUGGUGUCACCACAGCGAGGAAAUCAGCAGGGAGGUGUUAAAGAUCAGAAACAGCGAAUGACUAAGCAGAUGCAUGAUUCAAUUUCCUGCAUAUUCAAGCUCAUUUCCGACACGCAAACUAGCAAGGAGGGCAUAGCCAAGUUGUAUGAUUUUAAGCUGAAAAAUCCCGAUGUAGAUGUUAUACCAUUCCUCAAAGGUGCCAGUCCUACUUUCCAGAAAUACAUUGAAGAUGGUUUGGCGGAAAUUGAGAGGCAGAGAAAUUCAGUUGUUUCCAGCGAUGGUGACAACAUUACACAAAAUAUAACACCAACAACAGACACCAAUGUCAAUAACUUCAAUUCGGACUACUGGUUGGAUAAACUUAACACAAUGUUGGUAAAAUCUCGAGGAGCGGCAUCAAGUACCAAUUAUGAUGGCAGCCCACUGCUGGAUAAUAAGGCAGCCGAUGAGAAUUUGAAUGUAAAUCAGCAAUUUGGUGGUAAAGCGACAGUGUCUCUUCUGAAGAAAGAUGUAAAUCCAGAACCAAUUUCAGCCAAUCGUCUCGAGUUGAUUCAGCAGAAAUUGGCCCAAAUUCGUCAGCCCAAGUGAAUAUUUUUUUUGUUGACAGAGAAGUGAAAAUUAGCUAAAGAAAAACACUGAAAUUUCUCUCUAUUUCCUAAUUGUAAGAUCUUUUUUUUAUUGUUCAAUUAUUUAAUGUGAAUUUUCAGAGAAUCCAAAAUCGAAUAUAAGGCACAUUUGUGCCAGAUUCACAUUUUUUCUAUUAAUAUUAUUAUUUUCUAAAAACUAAAAUCUCUAAAUUGCAUUUAUUCUGUCUGUUUAUCACCAUCUUCACCUGCCUUAACCCUUUUUUUUCUUUUCUUGUUACACUUUAAUAUAAUUUAUUGAAAACAUUAGUUGUAUUGUUGAAUGGUCUACAUAUUUUUGUCCAAUUUGUGUUGAGAUAUUGUGAGAAAAUGGAAGCUUGGUGUAGUAAAUGUUGAUGAGAAUAUUUAUAAACAACACACACACACUUUUAAAGAAAGGAAGAACAAAUCCUAAAUUAAGCAAUUUUGCAUACCCUCAGAAUUCCUAAACUUAAUGUUAAUUCCAUUUCAUUUUUAUCAUAUUUCUUUUUAGUAUAAUAUCAAUUUAUUGUUACAAAAGAAACCCUGUCCUUCCCAAUUUUUGAUCUAUAUAUUGCAAAGAAAGAAAAAAAACAAUAAAAAUAUACUAAACUGACUUUAAUAUCAGAUUUAAGUAUAAUUAUAUUCUAUUGAAAAACAUGAGUAGUGGAAAAAAAGAAUAAUGAUUUAGAACCAGAUAGUAAUUUUUUUGAAACUAACAAUAAUGAUGAAUUAAGAAGAUUAAUAUCAGGAAGAUGUAAUAAUAAAAUUUUAUUAGUAGAAGUGA